UUUAAAAGGCGAUGCGCCGCUUCCGGUCAACCGACCGACCCAGGUUCCUGUGUCACGUCGCGCAUCGCUCAUCACUCAAGUCGUGCGCAAUUGCUGCUGCGCAUGCUCCCCACGAUGCAGCGCGGCUGCCCGUAUGGCCAUCUUGUCAAGAGUGAAGGAGGUAGCCGCCGCAGCUCAGCGUCUCAUUGGUCUCAAAUGUGAAAUCUAAGGCCGCUUCCUCCUCAACUUUUUCGGCUCGGCUUCGAAGCAACAGUGUCGCUCGCUGAACAAUCCCGGAGCUUUGUGAGUUGAUUUGGCGGAAAGGGCCUCCUUUGAGAAGAUGUCUUACAUACUUGUCCCAACGUAAAGAGGGAGGGGGGAGUGUUUGCAGGCAGUCGGCAGCCAGUUUGCUUGACUUUGCUAGCUAGCUCCGCGAGGGCUGUGGGCCCGCCUCAGCCUAAAGUACCUCACACAGCUGGGCAACACACCCUGCGACAGCGGCCAUCCGACAACUGCGGAACCAGGACGUCACCGACGCGGGCAGGCCAGUCUGGAUGGGGCUCAGCUUUGGAUCGAUUAGUUAGAGACUAUUUGUGUUGUUGGCAAACGCUAGGGUCCGCUGGACGAGACUAAUUGAGUAGCCUCGCAUGAAGAGCUCAUAGAAAUGCAACAGGAGACCCAGAGGAAGGAUGGCGCAGAUACGUAUUGAUUGCACUUCGCUACACAAACCGAAAUAGAUGCAGAUCCGCUGUUUUGAUACAAUUUAAUUUCUUGAUAGCCGAUUUUUGACGGAAUACAUCCUUAGCCAUUAGGGGGUUGUUAACAGGCUGUCAAUAUGUCGAAAAUGCCGGCCAAAAAAAAGAGCUGUUUCCAGAUCACAAGUGUGAUACAGGCCCAGGUAGCGGCUAACAGUGCCACCGACGACACAGAGAGCCUGGACGAUCCGGACGAGUCGCGGACUGAAGACGUCUCGUCUGAAAUAUUCGAUGUGUCACGGGCCGAUUACGAGCCAGUGUGUGACAGAAGUUCAUCCGAAGAGGCACUUAACAAUGUAGGAGAGCCAGAGGCACCUAGCGGUAUGGUACCACAACCCAUAUCUCAAGUUGGUAAUUUUUCUUUAUUGUCGAGCAAUCCCAACGGGGGCAUUCGAAAAGUAGGAGUGGCAGGCUCAACGAUAGGCAGUCAGCAAGCCCUGGGAACUGCUGCUGCUGCUGCAACUAGUUUGCCCUUAAUCACUCAGUCUGGGGUGAUACAACAACAGGCCAUUCCAGCAGUGGGCGGUGGGGCGACCAGUGUGUUGGCGAAUACAUCCCAGCCAGCCCCAAUACCUAGUUCUACUCCUUCCUCUUCUACCACCACCUCCACGGCGAGUUGUAGCUCACGGUUCAGGGUCAUUAAGCUUGAUCAUGGUACUGGGGAGCCCUUCAGAAGAGGUAGGUGGACAUGCACCGAAUUCUAUGAGAAGGACUCUGAGAGCUCUGUUGCAAGCAGGACUGUAGAUAGCAUUCGGCAUGCAAAUGUAACAGUGGAUACCAGUGCAGAUAGAGACAGUGGGCUUGGGCAUACAGGUGGUUCUGUGGUCACCCCCGCAACACACUCAGGUCAGGGCUUGGGCUCUGUGGCGGAUACUUCACUCUCUGCCCCUCGCAUGCAUUCAGUGGAGACACAGCAACAACAUAUCCACCAUCAAAGCUAUGGUACUGGGCAACAGGGUGUGAGUGGGACCGCCACACAGAAUGCGUUUUCCAGCAGCAAGCCUACAGUUGUUCCAGCUCAGCAGCAACAGCCAACAGCAGGAGGUCUCCAGUCCUCCACCCCACAGAACCUGCUGCCUGCAGGGCAGAACGGUCUGCCUCAAGGUAGUAUCCAUGUACAGAAGUCUCCUGUCAUACCCUUGGCAGCACAGCCCCAGCCUGUAGUCUAUUCACCGCAGCAGCAGCCGCCCAUGGUGCAGCAGCUUCCCCUGGGGCACCACCUGGCUGGCCAGCCCUCUGGGUUGAUACAGAAACAGACGGAAUACUACCAACCGCACCAGCCUGCUUCCCUGCAGCCAGCAGUCACCGCUGGCCAGCUGCUACCAGUGGCAAACCCUUCUACAGGGUCCCAGCCAGUUGUACAAGGUCCUUCGCCAGUCAUGACGCCAGCUGUUGGAGGAGCUUCUGUGCCAAGUCAGGUAGGAGAGAUAGCUGUAACAGGAGGGGGAUCUCUACUUUCCAGCCACACAGCCCCAGGUCUUUUGCUGCAGCAGACCAGUGGAGGAAUGGGAGGUGUUGGGGCCUCCAAGCUGGUCGGAGGGUCCACUCUCCUGCAGCAGAGUGUGGGUCAGUAUGCCACUUCUUUACAGCCACAGCCCCAUAGCCUCCACCCUACAACCCCCAGUGUACAAAACGUGCCUGCUGUCACAGUGAACUCCAGUGUGCCCACUGCUGUGCCCAGUGCCUCAAGUGCAGCCAUGCCAAACCUGACAACUUCUAGUUUGCCUCCAAGUCAGCAGUCUCAGUUGCCCUGCAGCAGUACAGGUGCUCCAGGGGGUUUGGGGGUGCAAGGACUCUCAUCUGCUGGAUUUGGACAGGUUGAAGCUGGGAGUGGAAGGAAGUCGGAAGGUCACGCCAACACCCAAUUUCCUGUCAUCUCUGGGAAGGACCUAAUGAAGCCUCUGAUUCCUGAGAGCCUUCAGCUCACCACGCCGACUGUCAACAGCCUGUUUGGAAUACCCAUACCUGUUGAUGGGGAUGAGGACAGGAACCCCUCCAAGGCUUUCUACCAGGCCUUCCAGUCUGGCAGCAGAUUAAGGGACUCCAAGGCGCACAGUGAUAGUGCCUCUGGAACCAGUGUUGUUGCCAUUGAUAAUAAAAUUGAACAGGCUAUGGAUCUUGUGAAAAGCCAUCUAAUGUACGCAGUACGUGAGGAGGUGGAGGUCUUAAAGGAGCAGAUAAAGGAGCUGUUUGAGAGGAACUCUAUUUUGGAGCGGGAGAAUGCUGUGCUGAAAUCUCUGGCCAACAGCGAACAGCUGUCUCAGCUGUCCACCCAGUCAGCAAGCAGCUCCAACAGUACUCCUCCCCAGCAAGGACUUGGCCAGGCCCAGCCGCCGCCCUUGACCCAGCUACAGGUCCAGGCUCCAACACAGCCCCAGCCUCAAAUUCAACCCCAGCCUCAGUCACAUCCACAGCAGCUCCAGACUAAACCUCAGCUUGAUCCCAGCCAGCAAGUGCAACCCAACGUCACCUCCGCUUAAAGUGUAUCCUCCCUCUUUACUUCCCAGAGGGCAGAAAAAAGAGCAUCUUCUCUACAACUUAUCGGAAUUAGCGUAAAACAUAUUGGAAUUAGCAUAUGUGAAAUUGAAAAAAAAAAACUUCUUAGCCACCAGCUUGACCUCCAAGUACAGUGCUUGUGUGUGUAUGCGUGUGUGCGUGCGUACGUGUGUCCGUCCGUGAGAGAGAGCAAGCCAGUGUGUUGAGUGAAUUUAUGUUUGAAUGCAUGUGUACUGUGGGCCUUUCCAGUGUUAAUGCAAUCAUUGAGAGAAAGAACAGGAUUGAUAGCAGCAGAGUAUCAGGGAAGAUUAUGGCUUUUUAUCCUGGCCAUUGUGCUGGACUUGCUAACUGGUUGACUGCUGGGACAAAGCCUGUAGACUGGUUGCCUGCCUCUUCUUGGACAAGGCUUGAUCCAGACUUGCCUUUUGCCCCGAUCUAAAGCUUGGACAUGGAAGGGGAGUGGCACUGCUCACACAAGAGACAGAUGGGAGUGACUGUCACAGAGAGUGAUAUUUUUCUAAAUGAGAUAAUUGGGUGGGUGAAGCCGUGUAUUUUUAGCCUUGCUGUUUCAUGUUGUAAAAGUAAGAAGUGGGGGAGAGAGGGAGAGUCUAUUUUUAGAGCGCCACCGCUGCCAUUACUCUUACAUUUAAGUCUAACCCUUGCAUCGGUCUUGAGUUCUACUGUUAUUGUUUUAAUUUAUUACAGGGCUGCUAUUUUCAUAAAUGAACAAUGUCAUGACACCUGUUAUAAAAUAAACAUAAGCCUUUUCCUCCAUUGCCCCUCCUAUUUCUUUUACAGCAUUUUAAAUGAUUGGCCAUAUUUUCCAGGGGUAUUCGGCCGUUUGAAAAUGUAGGCAUGGUAAAAUAAAUUCUGACAGACAUUAAAACACUAAAUUUUUCUUUUCUUGUGAUGAAUUGCCAAUUUAUAAUCAAAUUUAAGAUCCAGUAUGAAUGUACUUUUUGUAUAGUGUAAAGUAUUAGUCUUGCAAGGUGACCACAGCCUGGUGAUAUGAAAUCUCGUGAUCAACCUGCAGUAGGCAUUUGAAGAUGACUUAGUUUAUCAAACAAUGAAUUUUUGUUGCCAUACCCCCCAUCCCUGAUAAAACGCCCACACCCUCAUUCCUGUUUUUUUUCCCCAAUAAUUUUUUCUUAAGGGUCAGGGGGGGAAAAGCUGUGAAAUCCUUCAACCUACUUUGUAACCAAAGAUGAAAAGCUGUGUAAAUCAGUUAUUUUUAAAUGCGCAGAUGUAUUUUUUUUUGUUACUUCCUUCUUCACAACAAAAUAUUUUGUUGCUGUUCAGCAUGUUCUGCAUGAUCUGUACUCUUCAAACCACUUUCUGACCUCAUUUUUAUUCAGCACUCAUUGUAAGAUAGUCUGUGAACAAUGUAAAUGGGGAUAAACACAUGGAGCAAAGAGCUGGAGUUGGCAGAGAAAAAAUAACCUAGUGCUACAAACACUAGUCACAAAAUGAAGUGAGCCAUGUUUUCAUUUAAAUGGUGUUUCAAUUUCAUAUGCCAAUAGUUUUGUUACAUUGCAAAUUUUAAUGUAUUUAAAUAAAAGCAAUAUUCAGAUUC